AUGACCAAAAGAUCCGACAGUGACAGUGACACCAAUAGCAAUGACAACACACAAAGCAAAAAGCAAAAGGUCAAACUUGACAAGGACUCGUCAAACUUCAAGUUGAUCACCACCUCGACUGGCCCCAGAGUCAGUCAGGCGUGUGACCGGUGCCGAAUCAAAAAAAUCAAAUGUGAUGGGUUAAGACCCUGUCAGAAUUGCUCCAAGAUCAACUUUGAUUGUAAGACCAGUGAUAAGUUGACUAGAAGAGCUUUUCCCAAAGGUUAUACUGAAAAUUUGGAGAACAAGGUUAAACUACUCGAGGAAGAAAACAGAAAGUUGAAAUUAAGAGUGGGUGAUGCUGACGAUGAGCAAAGUCAUUCUCAAACCCCCGUGUCGAUAAAUCCUAACGAGUAUAAUGAUAUGGGCAACUCCCGCAAACAAGUCAUCAUAUCCAAGAAUAAUGCUCGAGUGCAAAUUAAUAAUCCUAUCGACCAGAUUUUCAACUUGGAUAAAAAGGGCAUCAUCAUCGGGAACGAUAACUUGAACUUCGAGUCUCAGUUCAAUCAUUUAUUGAUUAAUUUGAACUUGCCGUUCUUGAAAAUCACCAACAGUCACAACUACUUACUCGAUGACCCCAAUUCAUAUUUGUAUCAUCCGUCUUCUGCCUUGUACAAUCUGUUUCAUAAUCGAGAUUUGGACGUCAUAUACAAUCCGUUGACAUCUCUGAACAAAACUCAUGACUCUUAUUUAGGAGCGGUUUCAAACUUGACCAAUAAUGAGUUACCUAUCGACAUCUACGAUUUGUUCAUUAAGCUUAUCAACAGUUUUAAAAAGAUAUUCAGUAACAAGAAGGAGCUUGACAACCAGAUCACCCUGUUCUUUCUUAACUACAAUAUCUUCAUUCCUAUUUUCGAUUACAAGAAGUUUAUGGAAAGCUAUGAUAAUUUCCAUACCAUGUACCCUUUCAUGUUCACCUAUGAUGAUGCUACAAUUAACGGGUUUAAUUUGCUGAAUAAUGAUUAUAGUGUGGUGAACGAGUACCUUAUGGUGGUGAUUCAGAUUUACGCUAUUAUCAUGAUGAAUAACCCUACUAUCAAUUUAAACUUGCUCUUGAACCAUUCGAGUCCUUACUAUGCCCUCAACAGCAGAUCUUCUUCGAAAAAUAAGAAUAUCAUAAGGUCGUUAUAUGAUUUUCUUCCUUAUUUGAAUGUGUUCCAUGUAUCCAUCAGCCAGUUACAGACUUGUCUUUUGUUCCUUUACUACUCCUUAUUGACCAACAAUAAGGAAAAAUCUUUAGUGUUGUCUUCCUUGAUUAAUGCUUUCAUUGGUGUUCUCGGGAUCAAUUUGAACUCCAAGAACUUGUUCUUCAAUGAUUUAUCAUUGGAUAUUCAGCAAAGGAGAGACAGAGUCAAAAUUUUCUGGGUUUUCAAGGUUCUUUUGAAAUGUUUCAACUUGAAGUUUGGUUUCAAGCCAAGCUUGAACACCACAGUUAUCAAUCCAGUAACCAUUGACAGAUAUUUCCAAUUAACUCCAGAAAAAUUAAGUCUGUUGUUGGAAAGUGAAAUUGCACCUACUGAAGAUGAUGAUGAACAUGUUGAUGAGUUAUUCAAAACGCUCUUGAAACCCAGCAUCGAGUUUUUGAACUUAGUCAAUAUCAUCAUCCCUUCGUCUUUUUCUCCUAACUAUUACCAGUACUUGAAGGGCAGUAAUCACUCCAACAAAAAGAGUCAGCAACAUCAUCCCAAAAAUCUUGACUGGAUCUUAAACGAUGAUGAUGGUGAUGGUAAUGAUGGAAAUUUGAAUUAUAAUUUCAACCAGUUUGUCACCAUUGAUAACAAUUUAGCAGCAUGGAGAGAAUCUUUGAAAACUAAGACGUUGAAUUUGGUGCCUUUAGAGUACAAAAUGAAUCUAUCUAAGAUAUCAUACGACUAUGGAGAUACCAGUUUGUAUCAUUCCAUUAAGAUCAACAAUUUGACGGAUCUUGCAAACACCGGUAUAACGGAAGAGGAGAUGAAUUAUUACUUGGAGAAUGGACUUCCUGAUAUCAGUACAACUGUUAAAAUGAUCCAGAUUCAAUUGAACUUCCAUUAUCUUGUGAUAAGAAGUCUGAACUACCUCAACUUCAUUGUCGAUAAAGAAUUAUCUGCUCAUUACUAUAGUAAGAUUGUGGAGAUUUCUAAGGAACUCUUGGGAUACUUUGUGGUGAUCUUCUCUCAUGUUACACAGGCUGUUGAUGGGGCAAGUGACCCCGCUUUGACUGUAUCUAAAAGUUUCAUUCAUCAUAAUCCACAUAGUACUGGUACAAACCCAGUGAUUUUGGAUAGUUUGGGUAUCGAUGUUGACGAAGAUGGGUUUGUCAUUAAUGAUUUUCUGGCAAAGCGAAGAAGAACCAGCAACCAAGCACCCAGUUUCAGCUUUAAGAGUAAGACGCUUCCUUCAUCUCCGUUCAACUUCAUGCUCAAUGGGUUGUCGAUGACGGUUAUCAACCUCAAGAAAACUAUUCUUUUGCAAAUGCUUUAUAUUCUCAUUUGCUCCAUCAAGUCCAUCAAAAAGAACAACCAAAUUGACUCCUCGUUGAACGACUUAGUGAAUGUGAGUGUGGAUGUUUUUAUCAAGGUAUUUGUGAACUAUCAGUUGAAUUCAAAGAAAAAGAAUAGUACUGGAAUCUCCAAGUUAAAGGAAGAUGAGCUCUACAACAAGUUAAUGAACGACGAGUUAAAGGACCAAAUUUUGAGAGAACAAAGAAUCGAAGAAGAAGAAAAUGAAGAAGAUUAUGUCGACUACCAGCUUGAGUUUGAAAACACAGACUACUUUUCUGGUUUCAACCAGAUCUCUGAAAUAGACUGGGAUGACGAGGAAAUGGAUGAAGAUUUGAAGAUUUUGAAAAUCUUGAAGUUCAUCAAAUAUAAGAUGAACCAAAUCAAAGAGUUGGCAAAAAGAAGACAGAAGUUGAAGCACAAAUUGCAUACUCCAGUAGACGAAACACCAAAAACCACUAAAGCUACCGUCAAACCAGAACCCACUGUUCAGUUCAGUCCACCUCCAUCAAUUCAUAAUUUCUACACCAGUUCCAAUCCUCCAAAAUACCCACCAAAUUUACCCAAAAUCCCUUCCAUUUCCAAGCUUGAUUAUCUUCUCCCGGAAGAUAACUUCCCUACUCACACCAUUGCUGGGAACUUUACCAAAUCCAAGGAUUAUGUGAUUGCGCCAUCAAAAAGAGACGACGAUUUGGUGAAGCGUGAACAAUUAGCCGUGAAUGACUUGAUGAGCCUCAAAAAUGGGCAUGGGUCACCUACUGGUCUAGAAAGUUAUAGGAAAUCAGGGGCUAGCACCAACACAUCUCCCCACUAGAUCAGCUCAUUUUUGUGUACAGUGUUUUCAGAUGAAUGGCACACCCGUAUAAUCUGGAUGUCGCAAUUUGUGUCAUAUGUAUUCAAUAAAUUAUUGCGUUAUCUUUUUGCGUCAUGUUGCGCCAUAUCUCCAA